UUUGAAGCGAUUUUUGUUUUGUAUACUUGGAGGGCUGAAUGUGUUGAAUCAGUCGUUUUCUCAUGAUUUCCUCGUCCAGACAGCGGUCAGCCACACGAGGUAGGAAUACGUGAUUCCCUUCGGGUCAAGUCGCAAGGUAAUGACACGCGUAGGCCCUGUGCGCAGCGAGUCCGACUUUCUGUAUCGUCGCGCGCAGACGCUCUGUGGCCAAGGGAAUUUCGCUGGCGCGCUGGAGGCGUUUACAGAGACCUUGAGAUGCCCUGGUGUCGAUCACCUGGACGUGCUGGAUAAACGCUCCGCCAUCUAUGCGAAAACGGGCCAGUACAAUCUCGCCGUCAAGGAUGCGCAACGGAUGAUUCGGGAUGAUCGACAAGAUGAGCGGGGAUAUCUCCGGUGCGCGAAGGCUCUGGUCAUGGAGGGGAAGCCGGAAAAGGCCCUACAACUCUAUACGUACGCGCUCAAAUACUUGCCCGAGGAUCGUCCAGGCCGCCAGCUUGUAGUGCAACUCCGAGACCGGAUCCAGUCCAAGUUGAAGACGGUUGAGACUUGUUGCGACCCGAUGACUGUGCUGCCACUGGAAAUCAUUUCCAUGAUCCUAGGCCACUUGACUUUUAGGCAGUUGGUGACGCUCCUCCGCGUGUCGAAGAAAUGGAACCAGUUCCUCUCCUCCUUUCGCGAGCUGUGGAGGCGCAUCGAUCUCUCCAGCGUUCGCACCCGCGUCCCCCAUACCUCCGUCAGCGCCUAUAUCCGUCGGUCGAAUGCUACUCUGACGUAUGCCAUCAUCAAAAACCUCAACAAUCCGUCGCGACACAAAGUUCUCGAGUACCUAAGCCGAUGUCGGCAGCUGGAAUACCUAGAGAUCUGGACGCCGGUCGAAUGCGGUUUGGCAUAUGACCUGUUGAAAUCCGCCCAGUCGCUCCGGACCUUGAUUCUCUCCGCCGAGAUCACCGUGUCGCAGGAGUACAUUGCCAAAUUCCUGACCAGCCUCCCACGCCUAGAACGGUUUGAGAUCCACCGGUCCACCGCCUCGCCCGCAUCUAAAGUCCAAUGGCCGUCCCAUUUGCCCAACCUGCGCAGCAUAUCCCUCGCCUCUGAGGAUAAUCCGAACUUCUCCGCUAACGUCCCGGCCCUCUUUAUUCCCCAUCGACAACCGGAGUCUGAUGAACCCGACAAACUCCGGCUGCACUCCGGACCGCCCGUCGCGGUGCCGUGUCCGAUGACUUUCGAUCCCAUGGACUUUGUUCGAUUACGCAAGUUGGAUCUGGGUGGAAUGUACAUCGGCCGCACCGUCGGCUUGCCGCCGACACUCGAGUCCUUGCGCAUCCGGGGCGGCAGUGCUCGAGGGACCUUCCCCUUCGCCGACGAGGACGACCGGGAUUUCCCCAACCUACACACGCUCGUGCUGAGCGACGUAGGCUGGGUCACCGUGGAGACCCUUCACGAGUUCAUGGUGCGCCGGCGCGCUCCGGUCAAAAUCCUCCACGUGGACACUUGUGACCAACUGCGCGGGCCGGCGCUGUCGGGUUUCCUCUGCGAACACGGCGACGGGCUGACGGAGCUGAAUGUGUCGCACCUGUUCGGGAUCAACGAUGCGGUCAUGGAGCCCAUCGCGGCGCACCUGCGCCAUCUGGAAGUGGUCAACAUGUCGUACACGGACGUGACCGGGAACACGACCCGACGGUUUGUGCAGGAGUCGACGGAUACGACGCGGCGGUUGAAGCACAUCAAUGUCAAGGGAUGCGAUUCGGCGUCGUGGGACUCGGUUUACUGGGGGCGCGAACAGGGGGUGCAGAUCGUGAAGUGAGGGGAUUCGCCCAGGGAAGAUCGUCCAGGGAAGAUCGUCCAUGAAAUUCGUUCAUGGGGCCUGGGCCAAUUCAUCCAUUGAACAUACAUAGCCCCAGCCGGUGGAUCACGCGAUUGGGACCAACCCCGGCCCUUGCCUUCUUGGCUUUUUGGAGGAAGGAUUUCUCAGGAAGCGGAGGAUCCGACCGAUGUGCCGGGGGUGCAUGAACGGCGGCCGGGAUGGAUUGUCCUAUCUUAUUCAUCUCAAUCUAAUUUUUAUUGAAUAUUAUUUACAUUCCUA